CUGAUUGACAGUAAUGGCGACGCGUUCGUCUUGAGUUGCGCCCUACGAAACAUCCCAUAAGAACGCCUUUUCAUCAUUUAUAUUACACUUUUACCUGGGAUUUAAGCUUUAUAUUAAGGAUACCUUACAGAAAUGUUCACCUAAUUCUUUUCGGAGGCAAAGAAAUCUCAAGUUCUGCUGGUGGAAUUCUUAGGAAAGCACUAACAAAGGUCUCCCCAUCUGAGGCGAUGUGGCUGCUGUUUACAUACGUGUGCGUGCAUUUGUUUCGGGCGUGAGGAGCUGCGAUAAGUUGACCAACUGCCAUUUUUCAGGAAUUCUGUUUUUAUUCGUUAUAACCCGGGACGCUGUGGUUUUAUAUUCCUGCAUUGGGAGCUGAGCUGCUUCUUUGCAGGCGCUUUUAACGGAGAGCGGUUCGCGCAGACAUCAAUCGUGUCACGCGAAGUUGGACCAUCUGUUGAGCGUCUCGCGACGGCACUGGAAAGGUCGCUGGCCAUUAAAAAAAAAAAAGUAUUUGCAGAAUUUUUGACAAAGUCGGGUAACUACUCUCAACUUAAGGAAGGUUAGCUUUAGCUGGUUAGCUCAAACUGGCUAAUUGGCCUCAGCUAAGCGGACCGAUAGACUGAAAUUGACCCCGCUUUGCCAAAUUAACCACAACAUUGUAUGCAAUGCAAAAUUUAAGUAUGAAGCUAACUUAAGUUUGUAAGCCAUAUUUCACUUAAACGCCUCACAUGUUAUUGUUUGCUAACUCGCUUGUUACUGAGGCUUGAAUAGCUUUCAGACUGUUUUGAAUAGAUCCCUGUUUUCUUGUCCAUACCGCUAAGUUAUCCUUUCCGGCCAUUGACCCAGAUGCAAGAAGGGGCGAAUCAUUGAAUUUCAAAUCUUACAUUUUUGAGCUGGCUCAACGGCUAGCUAAAUUCAUCUUCAUCGCAAUACUUGCUCGUAAAUGACGACCGGUAGGAAUAACAGAGUCAUGAUGGAAGGAGUGGGUGCUCGAGUGAUCCGGGGGCCUGACUGGAAGUGGGGUAAACAGGACGGAGGAGAGGGGCACGUCGGCACAGUGAGGAGUUUUGAGAGCCCGGAGGAGGUGGUUGUGGUGUGGGAUAACGGCACCGCCGCCAAUUACCGCUGCUCCGGAGCUUAUGACGUGAGGAUUUUAGAUAGUGCGCCCACAGGAAUCAAGCAUGAUGGCACCAUGUGUGACACCUGUCGGCAGCAGCCCAUCAUUGGGAUCCGUUGGAAAUGCGCAGAGUGCACCAACUAUGACCUCUGUACCACCUGUUACCAUGGUGACAAGCAUCACCUGCGCCAUAGGUUCUAUCGCAUCACGACGCCUGGCAGUGAGAGAGUUCUUUUAGAAUCUCGUCGCAAGUCAAAGAAGAUCACCGCCCGGGGAAUCUUUGCAGGAGGACGGGUGGUGCGGGGAGUGGACUGGCAGUGGGAAGAUCAGGAUGGCGGGAAUGGCAGAAGAGGGAAGGUAACAGAGAUUCAGGAUUGGAGUGCUGCCAGCCCCCACAGCGCAGCCUACGUCCUCUGGGACAAUGGGGCCAAGAACCUCUACCGAGUGGGAUUUGAGGGCAUGUCUGAUUUGAAAUGUGUGCAAGAUGCCAAAGGAGGCGCUUUUUACAGAGACCAUUGUCCAGUGUUGGGUGAACAGAAUGGCAACAGGAACCCAGGAGGCCUGCAGAUCGGAGACUUAGUCAACAUUGAUCUGGACCUAGAGAUCGUUCAGUCGCUGCAGCAUGGUCACGGAGGCUGGACUGAUGGAAUGUUUGAAACGCUCACCACUACAGGCACCGUGUGUGGCAUUGAUGAAGACCAUGACAUUGUGGUUCAGUAUCCUAGCGGAAACAGGUGGACGUUUAACCCAGCAGUACUUACCAAGGCAAAUGUGGUGCGUAGUGGAGAAAUAGCAGCCGGUGCAGAGGGAGGCAGCUCUCAGUUUUUGGUGGGAGACCUGGUCCAGAUCUGUUAUGACAUCGACCGAAUCAAAUUGCUCCAGAGAGGUCAUGGAGAAUGGGCGGAAGCUAUGCUGCCAACCCUUGGGAAGGUGGGCAGAGUGCAGCAGAUCUACUCUGACAGUGACCUAAAAGUAGAGGUGUGCGGGACAUCCUGGACGUACAAUCCAGCCGCUGUCACUAAAGUGGCUCCUGCUGGCUCUGCUGUUACCAAUGCCUCUGGAGAGCGUCUGUCUCAGCUCCUCAAGAAGCUCUUUGAGACACAGGAGUCUGGAGACAUAAAUGAAGAGCUGGUGAAGGCCGCGGCCAAUGGUGACUUGGCCAAAGUGGAGGACAUUCUGAAGAGACCAGAUGUAGACGUGAAUGGGCAGUGUGCAGGACACACUGCCAUGCAGGCGGCCAGCCAGAAUGGCCAUGUGGACGUCCUCAAACUGCUGCUGAAACAUAAUGUAGACCUGGAGGCUGAGGAUAAGGAUGGAGACCGAGCUGUCCAUCAUGCAGCUUUCGGGGACGAGGGCUCUGUCAUUGAGGUGCUGCAUCGAGGCGGGGCUGACCUGAAUGCCAGAAACAAGCGCAGACAGACACCCCUGCACAUCGCUGUCAACAAGGGCCACCUACAGGUGGUGAAGACGUUACUCGACUUUGGCUGCCACCCCAGUUUGCAGGACUCAGAGGGAGACACACCUCUGCAUGAUGCCAUCAGCAAGAAGAGGGAUGACAUGCUUUCUGUGCUCCUGGAAGCAGGUGCUGAUGUCACCAUUACCAACAAUAACGGCUUCAACGCGCUUCACCAUGCAGCUCUGCGGGGGAACCCCAGUGCAAUGCGUGUGCUGUUGUCCAAACUGCCACGGCCAUGGAUAGUGGAUGAGAAGAAGGAUGACGGUUACACUGCGCUUCACCUGGCUGCCCUCAACAACCAUGUGGAGGUGGCCGAGCUCCUGGUCCAUCAGGGAAAUGCCAAUUUGGAUAUACAGAACGUUAACCAGCAGACGGCAUUGCACCUUGCCGUCGAGCGUCAGCACACUCAGAUAGUGCGACUGUUGGUGCGAGCCGAGGCCAAGUUGGACGUGCAAGACAAGGACAGAGACACGCCACUUCAUGAGGCCCUGCGUCACCACACACUAUCUCAGCUGCGCCAACUUCAGGACAUGCAGGAUGUCAGCAAAGUGGAACCCUGGGAGCCCUCUAAAAACACAUUAAUCAUGGGACUGGGCACUCAAGGGGCUGAGAAGAAGAGUGCUGCAUCUAUUGCUUGCUUCCUGGCAGCCAACGGUGCUGACCUCACCAUCCGUAACAAGAAGGGUCAGUCUCCUCUGGACCUGUGCCCUGACCCCAGCCUUUGCAAGGCCCUGGCUAAGUGCCAUAAAGAGAAAACCAGUGGGCAGGUUGGCUCUCAUAGCCCGUCUCUGAACAGUAAUAAUGAGACUCUGGAAGAAUGCAUGGUGUGCUCGGACAUGAAGAGGGACACACUGUUUGGCCCCUGUGGGCAUAUCGCCACCUGCUCUCUCUGCUCGCCCCGUGUCAAAAAGUGUCUCAUUUGCAAGGAACAGGUCCAGUCCAGAACCAAAAUUGAGGAGUGUGUAGUGUGCUCUGAUAAGAAAGCAGCCGUGCUCUUCCAGCCCUGUGGUCACAUGUGUGCCUGUGAGAACUGUGCCAGCUUAAUGAAAAAGUGUGUGCAGUGUCGGGCCGUAGUGGAGCGUCGCACUCCCUUCGUAUUGUGCUGUGGAGGGAAAGGUAUGGAGGAUGCCACUGAUGAUGAGGACCUUAAAUGUGCCACAGGCCAGGCUGGACUAGCCCCCAAGCCAACAGCAGGGGUGCAUACAUUACAUAACACUUUGACUGGUUGCUUCUCAGCAGGGAGCUCUAACUCAAUGGCAGGGGGGUCGCAGGAUCUUCUCCAGCCCAACAAUCUGGCACUAAGUUGGUCCAGUGGAAAUAUCCCAGCCCUGCAGAGGGACAAAGACAACACUAAUGUUAACGCAGAUGUACAAAAACUGCAGCAACAGCUGCAGGAUAUCAAAGAGCAGACAAUGUGCCCCGUGUGUUUGGAUCGACUGAAGAAUAUGAUCUUCAUGUGUGGCCAUGGCACCUGUCAGCUCUGUGGAGACAGAAUGAGUGAGUGCCCCAUCUGCCGCAAGGCCAUCGAGCGUCGGAUCCUGCUUUACUAGAGAACUUGGUCUCAACUGGGGCCUUGACAAACCUCCUUGCUUUUCAGCCACAGAGUGCUGCUGCUCUCAUAAGCACCAUUUCUGUACCUGCAAGGCUCUCUGUGUCUCACACUGAGCUAAGAGUCAUCAGUGUUACAUCAUCAGUUUUGUCUUAAAGCAUCUGAAAUCCUUAAAUUCAACAGCUUUAGGCUCAUUUUUGUCUGGAAAAUGUAGUAACUUCAGUUUUCUGUGUGCUUUAAUUAUGCUCAAUGCAGUGAGGAAUAAACUUGCUUUUAUUCCUCCUCCUUGUCCUGUACAUGCAAAUGUUCACUUCUUUUCUGAAUGUGUGUUUGUGAGAAGCUUAGCAGCACCUACAAAGGGGCGGCCUUUCUGUAAGGCAUGAACAGAGUCUGCUAACUUCUCAUUUUAUCAUUGUAUUAUGCUUGUAUAUCCUGAUGCAAACAAUUGUAACUACAGUAUCAGUGUAGGUCAUGAUACAUCAUGGUGAUGGUGUAGGGCAUGACUGAACUCUAAACUCUGCCUUAGUCUGACUGAAAAUAUUGAUAUUAUGGCAAUUCAUUUAAAAAUAAAAUUUCGAGUGACCUAGCAUUCAGUUCCAAAUCAUGUGUAAAUGUGAAGUAUUUUCAUUUACAGACAAAAAAGAAGUUUGUCCUGACCAAACAAGACAGUGAAAUACACACAACUUGAUGUGAAUGUUCAAAUCUACAGCAACUGUACUGUUAGAAUAAUAAUAUUGCAUGUUCCUCACUCAAAAUGCCAGCUGUACUACAGUAUAUACAUAGAGUAUUAUUGUCACAUCCUUGGUGGAAGUGAAGGUGGACUGUCACAAGAUCAGUGCUGGUGGCUGCAUGCUUUUCAUGCAAAUGAUCCCUGUUGUCUUCAAACAAAUAUUAAAUUGCUUAACAAACAUCAUUUAUUGGAUUGUUCUCCAGCAGUCCCACUUUAUGCACCAAGUUUUCUUGCCAGAGAUUUAGUCCAAAUAAGGACACAUUUUGAUGAAAACUGACGGUUUUGUGACAUUGUUUAAAAAAAUGUGAAAAAUGUCAUUACAUUUUGGGAAUAAGGUGCUCUUUAUCUUUGUCUUUAUUGGUUCAUUCAUGCAUUUUUCUUCUUUUUCACCUAAAGUUGAACAAGCUGGAAUAUACUAUCUAAUAAAUCCCAUAAGCUGUAAUUGUUAUAGGGUUCUUACCUUAACUGGGCCACAAAAAAGCCUGACAAAAAAACAUUUGUAGCUGAGGACUCUUAAAGUAUUUUGUUCACCAAUUUGGCAUCUUUGUGUGCUUGUUGUCAAGAUGUAUUUUAAAGACCUGUAUCUCAUUGCUUUUUCAUGUGGCCCGUUCCAAUAUUUUCAUCAUGGUGCGAGAGGUCUAAAGUUACGUCUGCAGCUUGAUGGCAUGUUUCAUUUCAGUGUGACUCGCCAUUGCAAAGCAGACAUUUUUUACUGGAAGCGAAAGUAGUUUCAUACUUUACCUUUUAAAGAUUUGUCCUUUUCAAUGAUCACUUUAACACUAAAAGCUAGAUGCACUAAUAUACCUUAAUGGUAGUAUUGUACUGUCAUGGUUACUCAAACUCUGUUUUGUACCUUAUUUUCAGAACACAAAGCAACUUGCUCCGGUUAAAUAAAAAAAACGAUGCUUUUUUUUGUUUUGUUUUUUGUUGAAUGAAUUGUUUGAUGUAUGCUGUACAACAUUUAUCAUAGGAGACAUUCUUUUUGCCCUGUAUUGCAAUUUACUUUUUGAAAAUGCAUUGCCGAAUAAAGAUUUAAUGACAUUGAGCAUA